GAGCACAGUAGGGAAGAUAAUCAAAGUGAGUGGUCACGCUUUGCAAGAGCAAAAACAACAGUAAAACGAUGGCUUCUGCUGUUUUCAUUUCAUCAUCUUUCCUUUCAGCUAAACCUCUAACCAUUCCUCACCAAGGCCUGAAGCCUACGAUUUUCAAGGAUUCUACUCAAACUGCAAAAAUCACCAAGAAACCAAUCUCUUUCAAGGUCCGAGCUGCUAAGGUUCCUGCUAGUGUGGAAUUGCCGAAAGUGGAGCCGAAAUUCCAAGCCCCUUUUCUUGGAUUUACUAGGACUGCCGAAAUAUGGAAUUCUAGAGCUUGUAUGAUUGGCAUCAUGGGAACCUUCAUUGUAGAAUUUAUAUUGAACAAAGGAAUACUUCAAGUGAUUGGGGUGGAAGUUGGGAAAGGUCUUGAUCUUCCUCUCUGAAGAUUCUUCUGUUUUGUAACUGAUUUUGUGAUGCAUCUUUGUUCCAUUGGUGUUUGCAAACAACACUUCACUUCCUUGUAAUAUGUUAAGAUAUCAUAUUUCUGCCACUUGAUGUUUAACAAGUUUUUCCCAAUUUAUCUCACUAAUCAUGUACAACACCAGUUGCUUUUGUUAAGAGCUGGAAGCUCUGUACUUCCCAACUUGGUAUCCAAAUCAGAUUAUGCUGUUACUGUGUG